UGAACUAUCAUUUGUGGCCAGGUCGCUUCUGAAAACGAGCUAUAUUGCUCAGUGAGCCUUACCGGGUAAAUUUUGUUUAAAAUUUAGUUUAGUUUUUCAACGGGUACGUUUCUUCACGAGCAACCUAAGCUUUACGAAAAAAAUGUGUACACCAGAAAAUGUUCGACAUUACGGCCGCAACGUGUUCAGACUUCGUUUUGGAUGAAUAAUAAACAGACCUCUUUUUUUCUCCUCUCCCUCUUUCUCUCUUGGAAAGGAAGUGGCAUCACAAGUCAAUCUGUGUUUGCGAUGAGGAACUGGUUUUAGGUCUGGACACGUGAUAGAAUUUUUUUGGGCUAAGGGGGGGGGGGGGGGUAAAAACCCCACUGCCACUAUACAUUUACUUCAUGUGCUUGACUCAAGAGUAACAUUCUACGCCAGGGCAUUUCGUUGCCAUCCGAUUGCAAGGUAACGUUUUGAACAUUUUAAGUCAACAAGCUGAGGGACCCUGAGAAAGGUACGUUUCUCUUGGAAUGUAAAGAAUGUUUUUUAUUUUACUAAUAUAUCUUGACACAAAAUACAGUAAAUACAAGUCGCCGAGCAGUUCUUUAACCUUGCAAUUGUGUGACACGUAGGAAACGCCUGUGGGUUUAUCUAAUUUUAACUCGUGAUUUAUUUUUUUCGCACAUUCAAAUCGUGGCGUGGUUUUUCAUGAAUGUAUUUUCACCAUUCUGUUAAGUUGCGGCACGUGGACUCUCAACACCGCCCACCACUUUGGCGGAUUGUGAGACCAAGUGAAAAAUGUCGAGGAGGGGUGGUGGUGGUGGUGGGGGGGAGCCGAUAGAUGUCAGUUCUCGCCGAGUAUAGCCUCUCUCCCUCCCUCCCUCCUCCAAGUGCAACUUCAACUGCCACGGCCACAGAGCAACUGCCAGCGAAGGCUCACCUAAAACUCUGGCGAACGAGCAGCGGGGAGCCGCGGAACGGUUGGCCCGGCACCCUCCGCUCGUUCGGCCGUCAGCAGCCCUGCCCGUGAAAGUGUCUCAAGGCUACCGGGGACGGUUGUCGUUCGAGUGCACCUCGCGUACGACGGAUUUUGGUUUUUUUUUUGGCUGCGUUUGGCCACGCCGCUUUGGCCAACUUGCCCGGUCGUUACCGUUCUAAUUCGAGCCGCCGCCGCCGCCGCCACCACACACACACACGUUCUUGGCUCGGGUCGUUCGUGCGUUUUGUUUUACUUCGGGACAAAGUUGGGCUGGCAGGGCUGUUUCACAAGUGACUCAUUUUCUAUAGGCGUUCGCUCGAUCGCCUGCUCCUCUUCCCACGCUCUUCCAUUCCCCGUGCUCUCAUUCCAACUCGGCUCCAUCUGCCUUCAGUGAACUUAAUUACCGCGGCUAGCUCACUCGCUCGCUUACCCCCCCACCACCACCAACCAAGUGCUUGCUGCACGCAGCUGGAGCCACGCUCGCUUUGACUGAAAGCGGAGAUCGAGCUGCAGAGGAAGUGCGGGUUCGUGGUGGUUGGGGGAGUGGUGGUCGUGGAGAUAGAGAGGCAAGUUUUGCUGUGCCGUUGUUCGUUCGCUCGCUCGCUCGCCAAUCCCCAUGCUACUACUACAAUCGAGGUUGAGAGCGCUCCAGGAAUGCUCCCAGCUGCGCCCGUAAAUCGUCUCGCUCGCGUCGCCGGCACUGGGACGCAAGGAAGGCGUUCAGGGUACGAGUCAGGUCUCUGAGCCUGAUGGGGGAGCAGACUGGGCUGAUCAAGAUGAAGGGGCAGCCGAAGGAGGGGGACGCCGUGCGCUCGGGAUGGCUCAAGAAGCAGGGCGGCUUCGUGAAGACAUGGCACACGCGCUGGUUCGUCCUCCGCCGGGGACAGCUCUUCUACUACAAAAACGACGAGGAGGCCAAGGAGCAGGGAGCCAUCCCACUGUUUGGGAACAGAGUGAAUUCCCUCGUGACCGGUGCUGAAGAACAGGGGAAGCACCUGUUCGAGAUCCUCCCAGGUGCCGACCGCGAUCGGAUGACGUCAAACCACGAGUCGUAUCUGCUCAUGGCAAGCAGCCAGGGUGACAUGGAGGAGUGGGUGAAGGCGAUUCGCCGGGCGACAGCCAGCCCAUCCCUCAGCAAAGGAGUGUUUGGCCAGCGGCUGGAGGAGACAGUGCGGAGCGAGACGGGUUCGGACGGGGUGACGGCGCCAGCCCCGCUGCUCGUCACUCAGUGCGUCAACUUCAUCCGCUGCCAAGGCCUGGCCGAGGAGGGCCUCUUUCGUCUGCCGGGCCAGACGAACCUGGUGCGUGAGCUGCAAGAGGCCUUCGACUGCGGCGAACGCCCUAUCUUUGACGGGGACACGGACGUCCACACGGUGGCCUCCCUUGUCAAGCUCUACCUGCGCGAACUGCCCGAGCCCGUGGUGCCGUUCUCCCUGUACAGCGAGUUCCUGUCUUGUGCUUCUCUCCUGGCCAAGAACCAGAGCGAGGGAGUAAAGGAACUGACUCAACUUGUGAACAGUCUCCCACUCGCAAACUUCAACCUCCUCAAGUACAUUUGCAGCUUCCUGUACGAGGUGCAGUCGCACGCCAGCAUCAACAAGAUGAGUAUACAGAAUCUGGCCACCGUCUUCGGACCAAACAUCCUGAGGCCUAAAGUGGAGGACCCAGCGACCAUCAUGGAAGGAGCGACGACGGUGCAGCACCUGAUGUCCACCUUGAUCGAGCAGCAUGCCGUGCUCUUCGCGCGCGGCCCGGAGGCGUCCACCAAGUCGUCUUUGAGCCGAACAAAUGGGACCGGCUUCCGGCGGAGGGAGAGCGGAGUGUCGUGGGACGAGUCGAGUGCCCCUGCCCAGACCGACGGGGGCGCUUUGUCAUCGCCCCUGAGCCUCUGCGCGGAGCAGCCGGGUUGCUACGAAAAGAACGGACUGGGCUUCCAAAGCGGGUCAUUAUCACAGGACGUGUUGCAGAGUUUGGCUCAGAGCGGCAUCGCCUCCGAGCUGUUCAGGGACAAACCGUUCAAGGCCAGGAAGUACUCGUCGAUGAGGAUUUCGGUGGGGAAGCAGAUGAGGCCGUCGCAAAACGCGGUCAUCGCCAACGGCGACGAGAGAGCGAACCAGCAGGGCCGUGACGACAGGACGCCGAGCGGGUGGGCCGGCUCGGCCGACGACCCCAGAGACGAAUCUCACUCCCCCGUCCAGCGGAGACCAAACAGGGACAGUCCCGGCACCGGCAUGGCCGCCAACCGCCAGUCGACCUAUGACAACGUGGCGCCUCCAGGCAACGCGGACGGAUCGCCGGGCGCAUGCGAGGGGGCCAUGUGGUGCAGCUCCGUCUCAAAGCCCCCACGUGCGCGCAACCACGCGUCGUCCUGUGGCGACGAGCCACCUGGCACGAGCGACGCCACCGCCGCCGGGUUUUGGCAAGGACAGGGCGGUACGCUGGACGACGCGAGGGGUCAAAGCGCGGCAGCGCGGAGGGACCGGCUGAAGUCCAGCGGCAGCGACUGGGAUCCGAUGCUCUCGCCAACGGACUCGGCCAGUUCGAUCAACACCCAAGUGCUGAGCAACGUGAUGGCGACGAUGCAGAUAGAGUUGUCCAAGCAGAAGCUCGAUUACGAGGGCAAGAUACGGAGCCUGGAGACGUGCAAGCAGGAGCUGCAGGGCCGGGUGACGGCGCUGAGCGACGAGCUGGAGCAGGAGAGGAAGAAGACGACCAUGCUGGAGAUCCGCAUGAGGAACGCCGAGAGGGCCCAGGCGGACGCCGAGCAGCGCAACGCGGCGCUGCAGCGCGAGAUGGAGGGCUUCUUCACUACGUUUGGAAGCUUGCAGCCGCAGCAAUGACCGCACCCCCACCACGGGAAUUGCGUCUUGCGCGUGGUUGUUUUAUUGUGAUAACAGAAAAAGUUUUGCUCGUUGCACCUUUCCCGCCCCCCCCCCACACACACGUUGUCGUUUUAUUAUUGUUGUUGUUCCCUGUAAAUGCUGAUAACCUAACUGGAACGUGCGAAGUAUUUGAUGUGAUGAGGAGUUUAUUUUAAAAGGUUUUUGCCCUCCACCGGAGGGCGGUAUUGCGGUUGAAGCGACGAUCAGGGCGUCGCAAGUCAGAUUUCAUGUGUGUUCACGUAUUUAUUAGGCAUGUAAUGACUCGCCUACCCUCGAUUCGAUUCAAGAAUGGAUGUUAUAACAUUGUUGUGAAUAUAGCGCCGAGAACCAAUUGCAUACAACAAAUUGAAUAUUGACUCUUAGGACACCACGAUUCAAUGCAUGUACCAAAACCAUAAUUGUAAUCGGUGAAUCCAUGCAUCGUUACAUGCCUAGUAUUUACAGGUAUGCAUGCAGACACAUAGAUAUAUCAUAAACACGUCUGUGCUUGCAUACAAAUUGCACGGGACCAGCCCAGCGUAGCUCGAUAGAGCAACAGGCUCCGGAUCAGAAGAUACCCAACUUCAGAUUCCAGUCAAGAGAUGACCCAGCAGAUCAUUCCUUCCAGGGUCCAGGAAAAAGGGCAGUGCCUGAUGAAUUGUAUUCAGUGACAAAGCAACAUUGUUUUAUGAAUGAACUGGCCCCCGACACAGGAUAGUGUAAUUUCCACCACCGAUCCAGUAAAUAUAUUUCCAUAAGCUCCUCUAGGAAUAUGGCAAACUAACUUUUUAAAAUUACAUUUAUACGGCGUCUAUAUAAACCAUUGACCCCUUGAUUUAAGAAACUACCAAAUCUAGGAUGUGGGACCCCUAUAUGUUUUAUAACGAGGUCAAAUACGUUUAAUUAUGUAUUGUAUUUUACUAGUAUGUAUAUGAAAUACAAACUAUUAAUAUAUCGAACUACGAGUGUCUGACCAGAGUGAUAGUGAUUCUAAUUUCGGUCUCCCCAGAAUACAGAUAGAGGUGGGACGCUAGCAACAUUAUUUGGCACGGCAAUUUACUUGUCUUUUAUUUUACAGAGACCUAAUACAAUUAAUAAUCAAAUGAGGAAAAGUACAGUACGUAGUUUUUUUUCCUCUAACUUUUGUUGUAAAUUAAGAAUGAAGGCCGGAACUCCAGGAGGUGAACAAGGAAUUAUGUAAGCUGUGCAAAGCAGAACCAUGAAAAGCUUUGCAAGCGAGUGUAUGUUUACCUCUACUGACGAUUCUGCUCAAAAUCAUAAAUCGUAAACUUCCUCGAGACGAAAACCGCGUCCACAAUGAGAUCGAGUCCUCGUGAGGCCAUUGAACGAUCUUAUUUGGUGACCACCCGAGUCGCCGAGCACGGAGACAGUAAACCAUCUCCGUCUGCAUAGAUUGACGCGACGAUAAUGUGUGCAAAGUCAAGAUGCAUAUUUCGUGUAGCCUUACGGACAUUAAGGGUUCCAUUUUACUUAAGAAUGCACGUCUCGUGGUGUAACCUUUUCCUUUUCAUGCGCUGGCCAAUAUUUUGUUCCGAGUCACGGACAUCUUGAAGCCUAAAAAUAAAUUUUCAGGUACGUUGGUGUUGAAAAUGAAUUUGAUUACACAGUGCACAAUCUCGUCCGAUGGUAGCGGGCGACUUCGUUUGUGCAGGUCCGACACCGCACCCUCAGAGCUUGGUGUUAAAAACAAUGCAUUGUAAUUUAUAAGCUUUAAAAAUCCACUUGCGUUGCCUUUCGUAUUUAUCGCUCCAUUGCACAUGGUAUGUGUCUACGUCUUCAGUUCAAAGACCGCUGCAAUGCGAUACUGUAAUAAAGUGCUUUAAGAUUUCUCCAAAGUACGUCAUUUUAGCUGCGUUGUACGCAAUACAAUAUUUUCUUUUAUUUCCAACUAAUGUACUUAUGAUUGUGUCUGUGCUUGUAAAUUAAAUUUGUUACAAACGUACGGUUAAUUUCCACGAGUGGAAAGUCGAUCACACGUUUAAGUUUCAGUGUUCGUCAGAGGUUAUUUCGUAUGCAAGUCGUAAAUACAUACCUGUCAACCCCAUACGGUUUACCCCAAUUCCUGUACAGGGAAAUUUAGUUCAGGUCCAUACGACGUACAGCCGUUUAGAUACGGGCAAACAUUUCUUUUUUCUGUUUGUUUCUCCCUUGUAACGGGACUUUGUAGGAUGAAUAUUGAGAUUUAUAGGAGCACGGGGUGACCAAUAAGGCCUGAAUCGGUCUAUAAUAAAAGGCACUGAUAAGGGGUUGACAGGUAUGUCAAUAUCGCCAGUUUUGACAAUGCGUCAAUGGGAACGUGUACGGACAAGGGUGUGGGUUGCGUCUCUGUAAGUUAACAACGGUGGCUGGAUCUGUGCGAUAAUGAAGUGUGUCCUGCUUGCAUCUAAACGUUUAGUCACAAGGUAUCGCCUUUGUCGGCAAACCGUUUACUUAACUGCAUAAUUCGUCAACUAUUCACACUGCCAUGUUAUCCAUGAACAGUAUUUCCUUUACCAAAAUGUAUUUAUCAUGAAUGUAGACUGUGUAGCAUUCGGUACGACUGUUACUUUUAUAUCGUUCCAAGCUGGCUGUAAUAAAUUUAAUUGAAGCAAAUAAACAUGCAAGGUUAUAAA